AUGCUGCCCUCGCAGGAGGCCUCCAAGCUCUACCACGAGCACUACAUGCGGAACUCGCGGGCCAUCGGCGUGCUAUGGGCCAUCUUCACCAUCUGCUUCGCCAUCAUCAACGUGGUGGUCUUCAUCCAGCCCUACUGGGUGGGCGACAGCGUGAGCACCCCCAAGCCUGGCUACUUCGGCCUCUUCCACUACUGUGUGGGCAGCGGGCUGGCGGGCCGCGAGCUCACCUGCCGAGGCUCCUUCACCGACUUCAGCACCAUCCCGUCCGGCGCCUUCAAGGCAGCCGCCUUCUUCGUGCUGCUCUCCAUGGUGCUGAUCCUCGGCUGUAUCACCUGCUUUGCGCUUUUCUUCUUCUGCAACACGGCCACGGUCUACAAGAUCUGCGCCUGGAUGCAGCUCUUGGCAGCUCUGUGCCUCGUGCUGGGCUGCAUGAUCUUCCCCGACGGCUGGGACGCCGAGACGAUCCGGGACAUGUGCGGGGCCAAGACCGGGAAGUACUCCCUGGGGGACUGUUCGGUGCGCUGGGCGUACAUCCUGGCCAUCAUCGGCAUCCUCAACGCCCUCAUCCUCUCCUUCCUCGCCUUCGUGCUGGGCAACCGGCAAACAGAUCUGCUGCAGGAGGAGCUCAAGCAGGAGAACAAAGAUUUUGUAGGCUCUACAGUAAGCUCCGUGUUGCGGCCAGGGGGUGAUGUCUCCGGAUGGGGAGUCCUCCCCUGUCCCGUCGCUCACUCACAGGGACCCUGAGGGCCAGGAUCACAGCCCGGGAAUUGACCUGUCCUCAGCUUGUCCCGUUGCCUGCCCUCUCAUCCCUUCAUUCAAGCUCCGAGGGAAGACCCCAUCCAGGACUGACUGCUCACCUGCUACCUGCCUGUAGCUCCGGGCUUUGAAGAGGUUGGGGCUGGGAUGCAGCGUGCGGGAGGGCCUGAUUCUGCUUCUCCCUCAACUGACCUAAGGGAGCCAGAGCCCUGGGCCCUUGGGCUUCUCCCUUCCUCUCUAGGCCGGCCCGGGGCCCCCACAGAGUCUCCAGGGGAAGUGGCGCUGCGGUUCCGGUUCCCCAGGCCCUGUCAGUCUGGAGGGCUCCCACCUGGCUGCAUCCUUGCCUCCUCUGGUCCCUGUCUCCUACAGAAACUUACCCAGGACACUGGCCCAGGGUGGACCGGACUCUUUCCUGUUUUCUCCCCCCUGAUGAUGGUUCCAUCACAUCAUCACAGAGCUCCAGGCACCACCUGCCUCCUCGGGGCCUCUCUGCUGCCCGCGCCAGCCUGUUUUCACCUCUCCCAAAGGAGUCUGAGCUGCACCAAGAGAGAAAACACAGGGCUUCCCUGUCAGCUGCUGAUUGGGGUCCUGAACAGCCCAGAGUCUGAGGACAGACAGGCUUUGGAAGCAGUAGGAGGCGGCGCUCUGAGUCCUGUCUUGGUGACAUCUGACCAUGGCAGCUGGGGCUGGAGGGGGCUCAGCCUCAGGCUGGCCUGGCCUUUUCUCUGCUGGGAUGUCUCACCAGUUACUGGACCCUUGACCCUGGCCUGUUUUGUACAGCGCAGACUUCUUGGCCCUGUUGUCAGGGCUGGGGUUUUGGGAGGGGGGACCAAGAAUGGGGAAUUAGGGGAUGCAUCACCCCUCUGCCCCUUCUCAUGCCCCAAACCCGGGCAUCUGCCAAGGGCAGAGAUUGUCUUGCCUCUUUGAUACUUUUUCUGCAUAACUUGAACUUGCAGGUCACCUCUGAACAGGGUACCCCCUGUCCCCAUCCCCAGGCCUUGUAACCCUAUCCCCACCUCCACUUUUUCCUCCUUGCCCACCUCUCGCCUUGCGAUAUGCCCAGGGUCUACAGCCCAAUGGGCAGUGCUUGGAGCUGAGGCAUGAGUGUGUGUGUGAGCGUGUGUGU